AUGGUCUCUUUCACAACUCUCCUCGCCUUCGCGGCCGGCGCCCUCGCAGCCCCUACUACCGUCCAAACUGAGCAAACUGAGAUCCCCUCCAACUGGACUUGGCACGUCGAGGGAUGGUCAGCCGGCUGCGCCCGUAGCGGCUGCUACUACAACUUCAACGUCACCGUACCGAGUGUCGAGGGUGAAAUUGGCGGCGUCAAGGCAUACUGCUCCGGUUACGAGAACGGCUGGUACCGCAAGGGCAACUGGUACGCGCCCUGCCGCAUCCUGGAGGGCGUCAACAACGGUGUCUCUGCCAAGUUCAGCGAGAGGACCAGCGACACAUCUGGUUCCCCAGAUGAGAUCUUGUUGAGCUUCGAGAAGGCUCCAUACGAACCGUUGAACACCACUGGAUACAACUUCACUGGUUCUCACGAAGCGAUUUACAACCAGUUCGUCGCUCCUCUACAGGAGUUUGAUGUUACGCCUACUGCUGUGACCGUUGUUGCUUAG